AUGGCGUUCUUGAUGGGGUCCUGGCGUUGGACAUGGGGUGUCAAGACCGGCUUCCUAGAGGAGCUGAUGUUUGAAAAGGGGCGCAUCUACACAUUCAUUGGAGAAGUUGUCGUUUCUGUAAAUCCCUACAAGUCGCUGAACAUCUAUGGGCGAGAGACGAUUGAGCAGUAUAAAGGCCGGGAGCUGUACGAGAGGCCGCCUCACCUGUUCGCUAUUGCCGAUGCCGCCUACAAGGCCAUGAAGAGGCGAUCCAAAGACACUUGUAUUGUGAUAUCAGGGGAGAGUGGAGCUGGCAAAACCGAAGCCAGUAAGUACAUCAUGCAGUACAUUGCGGCCAUCACCAAUCCCAGCCAGAGAGCCGAGAUCGAAAGGGUGAAGAAUAUGCUACUUAAGUCCAACUGUGUCCUGGAAGCUUUUGGAAAUGCCAAAACCAACCGUAAUGACAACUCAAGCAGGUUUGGGAAAUACAUGGAUAUCAACUUUGAUUUCAAGGGGGACCCUAUUGGCGGACAUAUCAGUAACUACUUACUGGAGAAGUCUCGAGUGAUUGUGCAACAGCCAGGAGAAAGGAGCUUUCAUUCUUUCUAUCAGCUACUCCAAGGAGGUUCUGAACAGAUGCUCCGCUCUCUGCAUCUCCAGAAAUCCCUUUCAUCUUACAACUACAUCCAUGUCGGAGCUCAGUUAAAGUCUUCUAUCAAUGAUGCCGCCGAAUUCAAAGUGGUAGCUGAUGCCAUGAAAGUAAUUGGCUUCAAACCUGAGGAGAUUCAGACCGUGUAUAAAAUUUUGGCAACUAUUCUUCACUUGGGAAAUUUAAAAUUUGUAGUGGAUGGUGACACGCCUCUCAUUGAAAACAGCAAGGUCGUAUCCAUCCUAGCAGAAUUGCUCUCCACCAAGACGGACAUGGUUGAGAAAGCCCUUCUUUACCGGACUGUGGCCACAGGGCGUGACAUCAUUGACAAGCAGCACACGGAGCAGGAAGCGUGCUACGGCAGGGACGCCUUCGCGAAGGCAAUAUACGAGCGCCUUUUUUGUUGGAUUGUGACUCGCAUCAAUGAUAUUAUUGAGGUCAAGAACUAUGACACCACAGUGCAUGGGAAGAACACUGUUAUUGGUGUAUUGGAUAUCUAUGGCUUUGAAAUCUUCGACAACAACAGCUUUGAGCAAUUCUGCAUCAAUUACUGCAACGAGAAACUGCAGCAGCUAUUUAUUCAGCUGGUUCUGAAGCAAGAACAAGAGGAGUACCAGCGAGAAGGGAUCCCCUGGAAGCACAUCGACUACUUCAACAAUCAGAUCAUCGUGGACCUGGUGGAGCAGCAGCACAAGGGGAUCAUCGCCAUCUUGGAUGACGCCUGCAUGAACGUCGGCAAGGUCACCGACGCAAUGUUCCUCGAAGCACUGAACAGCAAGCUGGGCAAACAUGGGCACUUCUCCAGCCGCAAGCUCUGUGCCUCAGACAAAAUCCUGGAGUUUGAUCGGGACUUUCGAAUUCGACAUUACGCAGGGGAUGUAGUCUAUUCUGUCAUCGGUUUUAUUGACAAAAAUAAAGACACUUUAUUUCAAGAUUUCAAGCGCCUGAUGUAUAACAGUUCAAAUCCUGUGCUGAAGAAUAUGUGGCCCGAAGGCAAACUGAGCAUCACGGAGGUGACCAAGCGCCCUCUGACCGCUGCCACCUUAUUUAAGAAUUCUAUGAUCGCAUUAGUGGACAACCUUGCAUCGAAGGAACCUUACUAUGUACGUUGCAUCAAACCCAAUGACAAGAAAUCCCCGCAGGUAUUUGAUGAUGAGCGCUGCCGGCAUCAGGUUGAAUACCUUGGACUAUUGGAAAACGUGAGGGUGCGUCGGGCAGGAUUUGCCUUCCGCCAGGCGUACGAGAAGUUUCUGCACAGGUACAAGAUGAUCUCGGAAUUCACCUGGCCCAACCACGACCUCCCUUCAGACAAAGAGGCUGUGAAGAAACUGAUCGAACAGUGUGGCUUUCAGGAAGACGUGGCUUACGGGAAGACCAAGAUUUUCAUCCGCACUCCCCGCACGCUGUUCACCUUGGAGGAGCUCCGCGCCCAGAUGCUCCUGCGGAUCGUCCUCUUUCUCCAAAAGGUGUGGCGGGGCACGCUGGCCCGCAUGCGGUACAAGAGGACCAAGGCAGCCCUGACCAUCAUCAGAUACUACCGGCACUACAAGGUGAAGUCCUACAUCCACGAGGUGGCCCGGCGCUUCCAGGGCGUCAAGACCAUGAGAGACCACGGGAAGCACGUGAAGUGGCCAACCCCUCCCAAAGUUCUUCGCCGCUUCGAGGAGGCCCUACAGGCCAUUUUUAAUAGAUGGCGAGCAUCUCAGCUCAUCAAGACCAUCCCUGCUUCAGACCUGCCCCAGGUCAGGGCAAAGGUUGCGGCCAUGGAGAUGCUGAAGGGUCAGAGGGCUGACCUUGGGCUCCAAAGAGCCUGGGAGGGCAACUAUCUUGCUUCGAAGCCAGAUACACCUCAGACCUCAGGCACUUUCGUCCCCGUCGCCAAUGAACUGAAACGGAGGGACAAGUACAUGAACGUCCUCUUCUCCUGUCACGUCCGUAAGGUCAAUCGGUUCAGUAAGGUGGAAGACCGCGCCAUUUUUGUCACUGAUCGCCACCUGUAUAAGAUGGACCCCACGAAGCAGUACAAGGUGAUGAAGACCAUCCCUCUGUACAACUUGACGGGCCUGAGCGUCUCCAAUGGAAAGGACCAGCUUGUGGUGUUCCAUACGAAAGACAACAAGGACCUCAUCGUCUGCCUCUUCAGCAAACAGCCGACCCACGAGAACCGAAUCGGAGAACUUGUUGGAGUCCUGGUGAAUCAUUUCAAGAGUGAGAAGCGCCACCUUCAAGUCAACGUCACCAACCCCGUGCAGUGCAGCCUGCACGGCAAGAAGUGCACCGUUUCCGUGGAGACGCGGCUCAACCAGCCACAGCCUGACUUCACCAAGAACCGCUCGGGCUUCACCCUCAGCGUGCCCGGGAACUGAGGCUCCCCGGCCGGGCGCACUCCGCGUCCUGGUCCCGUCUCAUCACCGAUCCGAUCCCUGCUGCCCCGUUAGAAUCAGCUGCAGGGCCUUGAGGGGGGCGCCGCCCUCUGCCUCCUCCAGGCCCCUCCCCUGAGAUCUCUUCGCCUCCUGCCUGCCGUCUGGCCUUCCUCUGCCCCAACCGUCCCCAGUCCCGUCAACAAACCAAAGAGCCCGGUGCCCGUCCCAGAGCCUCGGGCGGGCUCCAGCCCCGUCUCACCUCAGAGGCAGCUCAAAGGUGCCUUCAGUUGGUGAGGGUGUCCCUGGACGGGCCAGGUGGGGUCAGCACCUUGACCCAGGACCCCCUGCUGGCCCUGUAGGAGGUGGGGUGGGAGCCCCCUGCUCCCUCUGUGAGCCCAUCCUGCCCUGCCUCCCCCCAGGGGGCCGAGGUCCCCGUGGCUGUUUCUCUGCUCCUCCGUGGACCCCGUUCUCCAGCAGCAGCCAAAGCCACCAGGUGAGCAGGUUCACCUGUAGGACCAGCCCCUCAGCCCAGGGGCAGUGGCCGGCAGGACAGCCAUGCCCCACUGGCAGCCGGCCUGCCCAGGUCUGCCCCGCCCGGCCUCCUGGCCACCUCUCUGCCUAGAGCAGGGGGAGGGAUGCUCCCAGGAUCCUCGUCACCACGCGCCUGUGCCCGCGGUGGCCUUCACGUAUUUCUGCAGUUCGCAGGCUGCUCGUCGGAUACCGUGUCCGCUGUACCCACACUCGCGUCAGGAACACGAGUAAAGUGGAGUCGCAGUGGCGGGCCCCUCGUGGGCCCCUUCAUGUUCGUGGAGAACUAGGGCUGGGACAGGAGGGUCAGAGCACACGGGAACUGUGCGGGCGGGGGAGAUAGGAAAGGCGGAGUCCUGGCACCACAUGUCCACCCGCCGCGGGCACGCAGCCCUCAGGCCCAGAGAACAGCACCAUCUUGCCUGUCUGUGCCCAGCACGUGCCUUCAGGUGUCUGCCUGAGCCCAGCCCCUGCCAUGUCUCAGCUGAAAGGGGGCGCCUGGCCCUCUGGGCAGCAUGGGCCCCCCUCACCCCCGCUGGAGCCUUGAAAGGGGACUUGGCACCCUGCGAAGGGGCUGAAGGUGAGCCCAGGCCGCAGGAGGAGCCUGGCAGGGUGUGAAGACACCUGUCCCUGCUCCCCACCCACCCCCCGACCCCCGCUCCCGUCCUGUCACCCUGGCCCCGCAGGCACACCAAGCGCCUGAUGCAGAUCCUGUGCCUCACCCAGGGCCCGAUGUGGCCCCCUGGCUGGCCCCCAGGUGGUCCCGGCAGCUGGUCUCAUCCGCACCCCCGCCUGCUUCACAGGGCUGGCCAACCCUGGCACCUGCGCAGUUUGCAACAAAGAAUCCACCUGGCAGCCUGUCCUUGGGAGCCGUUCUCCCUCCCGAAGCCCGGCCAGCUGCC